AUGUCUGAGAGAGGUCGCUCUCCCGCCGCCUCGGGGCCAGCACAAGGCACAGCCUCUGGCAGUUCGCAGCCUGGCUGGGCACCGAGCAUGGGAUUCGACCCUGCAAAGCCGGAAAGCAAGGAUCGAAAGGGAAACACUCGCAUGGAACUGCCCCCAGAUGCCUUUUUUAUCAACGAGGCCCAAAAAGAUGUCUUUGCCGUUCGAGACAACAAAUUCAACACGGAGGGUCGACAAGAGACUGUUGAAGUCAAUCAAUUCCGAAUGACCAAGUUUGACUUCAACAAGAAAAUCUAUCAAUAUGAUGUUGUCCUUUCGCCUGAACCGGACAAACGUGGACCAGUUUUGAAGAAGAUUUGGGCUCACGCCAAUCUCAAGAAUGCGCUCGCACCCUAUAACUACCAAAUGUGGAUUAUAGAUGGCUCCAGACUGGCAUGGUCUCCUUCUUUGGUAGACCGUGGCGAGAUUCGCGUCACAGUGGACCUGGACGAGGGCAAGCCUCCUGCACGAUCCGGACGCUCCAACAAAUUCUAUCUCAUCUUGCGCAAGACAACUGAGAUUCAAAUGGCUGCUCUCCGGGGUUAUUUGGAGAGAAGAAUUCAAUUCAACAACAGUGUCCAGGAAGCUCUCAACUUCAUGGACCAUCUCAUUCGCCAGUGGCCCUCAGAGCAUCUGCUGGCCAUCAAGCGCAAUUUCUACAAGCGAAAUGAAGCUGGCCAGCCUCUCAUGGCAGGCGGAGUCAUUGAAGUCCACAAAGGGACUUAUGCUUCUCUAAGACUCUCCAACAAUCUUGCGAACGGAGGCAUUGGUCUUGCUCUCAAUGCGGAUGUUACCAACACCUGCUUUUGGACAGGCCGACAAACCCUGGACCAGGUCAUGGCCAACUUUCUCGGUACCCUUGACAGGCGGUACAAGGGAAUAAAUAUUGCAACUACGACAAUCUUCAGGCCUACGCAAAACGACAGAGGAGAGUGGCAGUCUUCUGAUGCCUUCAAACAGCUUCGAAAGAUGCGGAAACUCAAGUUUACCAUCCGACACAGUAAUCGUGAUCCCAAGCUUGCAGAAAAGGUCUACACGGUGAUGGACUUUGCAUUUGAUCAGAAGUAUGGAGCAGAAGGUGCCAAUGCCCGGACCGUCAAAUUUGAUUACAACGGCCGAGAUAUCUCGGUGGCAGAUUACUAUCGAGAGAAGUACAAGGCGCAUUUGCGACAUGCCCACCUGCCUCUUAUCUCCACGGGAAAGAAUGGACAUAUCCCCAUGGAAUUUGCUUUUGUCGAGCCAAUGCAGCGGUAUGCGUUUAAGUUGAAUCCUGAGCAAACUGCAGCGAUGAUCAAAAUCGCUGUCACGCGCCCAAAUGUUCGCAAGAAUGACAUUAUGAAGAACGUGCGAGACCUUCAGUUGCCUCAAGAUCCAUAUCUCAGACACUAUGGAGUCCAACUGGAAUUGUCAUUCGCCAAGACAGAGGCCAGGGUAUUGGCCCCUCCUAUUGUGAACUUUGGCCAAGGCACAGCUGAUCCUAAAUAUUCUGGUCGUUGGGAUCUGCGCGGCAAGAAGUUCUUCAAACAGAACCCCGCGCCCCUGAUGAACUGGGGCUUCUUGGUCAUGGACGACUGCGUUCAGAAGCCCCAAGUCCAACAGUUCGCCCGUACAUUCAAGUCAACCUUCAUGGGCCAUGGGGGCGCCUGCAGGACUGACCCUGUGAUGGUGGAAGUGCCAGGACCUAUCAAGAACAACAUUGCUGCCGCGCUCGCCCACGCGCACAAUCAAAUUACUCGUGAGCGAGGAUACACCCAACUGAUUUUUGUCGUCGUUCAACACAAGAACAGCCCACACUAUGAGCGCCUCAAGAAGUCUGCUGAUUGCCGUUUCGGCAUCCUGACUCAAGUUGUAAAUGGUGCUUCUGUUAUGCAGAACAACGGACAAUACCACUCAAACGUGUGCUUGAAGGUGAACGCUAAGCUUGGAGGUUCUACCUCUCGCACCAAUCCCCCAUGGAGAAUGACUCAAGGGACUUACUUCCCGAAGGAUAGGCCAACCAUGAUGGUUGGUGUUGACAUUUCUCACCCUGCGCCUGGCGGCCCAUCCCCUUCUGUCGCGGCCAUGACAAUGUCUGUCGACAGAGACGCAACGAAAUAUGCCGCCAUGGUGGAAACCAACGGCUACCGAGUUGAGAUGCUGACGUCUGCCAACGUAAAUGUUAUGUUUGGCCAUCUGUGCAAAGUUUGGUCGGCCGGCCAUGAUAAUCAGUUCCCCAAGCAUAUUAUGUAUUUCCGGGACGGUGUCGCCGAGGGACAGUUCGCACAUGUCAUUGAGCAAGAGAUCAAGGAAAUCAAGAACUAUUUCAAGCAGGUGGUUCCCAACAUGCCGCUGCCUAAAUUCACUGUGAUUGUGGCUACCAAGCGCCAUCACAUCCGAUUCUUCCCUGAGAAAGGAGAUAAAAAUGGAAACGCUCUGCCGGGAACUUUGGUGGAAAAGGAAGUUACUCAUCCUUUUAUGCUUGACUUUUAUCUCUGCUCGCAUGUUGCCAUCCAGGGCACCGCUCGUCCAGUGCACUAUCAUGUGCUCAUUGAUGAGAUGAACAUUCCCAUCAAUGACUUGCAGAAGAUGAUCUAUCAUCAGUGUUAUUCUUAUGCCAGAUCGACAACACCAGUGUCACUCCAUCCAGCUGUUUACUACGCGCAUCUCGCCGGAGCCCGCGCCCGCGCCCAUGAGAACGUUGCAACCAGCGAGGGUUUCCGUGCUGGCGCCAAAGGCCAUGAGAUGAUCCGCGACAAAGUUGCCAAGGGCGAGUCACUGAGUGUCCCACAACGGGGCAGUGAUGCUCCGUCUCUUCUCCAGCUUGGCGGAAAACCGGAGACUAAUGCUCCUAUUGACGGAGAGGUGAGACAGAGAAAUUUCUUCCGAAGCACCAUGUGGUACAUCUAA